AUGGACAAAAAAGAUGAUGAUGCCUGCUUUGCACACGUGGAAAAAGAACUGGAUGAGCCUCGCGAAGCCGCUGAACGUGGACGCCGUAUUCAGGAGGAUGAGCGACAAUUGACUGCUCGGCAAGCCGCCAAACUGUACCCCCGUGCGAUCCUCUUCUGUAGCGUGGCUUUCACCGCAGGGCUGAUGUAUGGUUAUGACAUCGUCGUCAACGGUUCUGUCAUCGCCAUGCCUUCUUUCAUCAUUAAGUUUGGCGCCACUGAUGCAUCGGGGCUCUAUUUACCAACUAUCUGGACAUCGCUUUGGACUUCCAUGACAUCUCUUACACAAGCCCUGGGGGCAUCCUUAGUUGGUUUUGCUGCCGACAAGUGGGGUCGCAAAUGGUCCGGAGCGUUUGCUGGUAUUGUUUCUAUGGUUGGUACGGCUGUCCUUUAUACAGCAAAUACCCGGGGCUUGGUACUGGCCGGUAAGAUGAUUACCGGCGCAGCUAUUGGGGCUGCAAUGGCGGCAGGCACAAGUUAUGCAUCUGAGAUUGCGCCGCUAAAACUGCGAGGCCCUAUUCAAGCUUCGCUCGUUCUGUUUGUCGUGCUCAUGCAGGGACUCGGGCUGGGAAUUGUACGAAUAUUCGUGCCUUACGAUGAUGAACAAGCAUUCCGCAAUGUUUUUGCUGUCCAAUGGGCAGUAGGUUUCAUUGCUCUUGUCGCUUUCACCCUUGCUCCAGAAUCUCCUGUUUACCUUAUCCGAAGAGGUAAGAUCGAAGAAGCCAAGAAGGUCAUGGGUCAAAUCUAUAGUGGACAUUCAAACAUUGACGACCGCAUUGCCUACCUUAUCAUGACCAUGGAGGAAGAAAAAGCCCAAGCACAUAACAAAGAAGUAACCUAUUUGGACUGCUUCCGUGGAACUGAUCUCAAGCGAACUUUGACCGUCGCCUUCCUCUAUAGUACCAACAACUGGGCAGGUGGUGCCUUCCUAGCUCAGUCCACUUACUUCCUUCUGACGGUCGGACUGCCUGCCGUUCAUUGCUUCGACAUCGGCAUCGGGGGCUUUGGCCUUGCCAUUAUCUUCAUAAUUGCCCUUGGUUCCCUUGGAAAUAAAGUCAGCAAGCGCCAAUUGGUCCUUAUAGGAAUCUUCCUCAACUUUCUGUUCAUGAUCACGAUUGGCGCUUUGUACUGGGCCCCUGGUAUGGGGGCAAUCUGGGCCAUUGGAAUCCUGAUGAACAUAUUGAUAUCCAUACAGACAACUCUUUUGCAAGCUGUCGGAUGGCCUAUUGCGGCCGAAUUAUCCAGUUAUCACCUUCGUGCGAAGACUGUCGCUAUAGCAGUCUUAUCCCAGACUUUGUCAACUUGGCUUACCCAAUUCGUCGUGCCGUAUAUGUACAAUGUGGACUCUGGGGAUUUAGGGGCCAAAACCGCAUUUCCUUUCGCAGGUCUUACUGUGCUGAUCUUUAUCUGUGCUUAUUAUUACGUUCCUGACACGACCGGUCUUACCACUGAAGAGAUCGACCGCCUCUAUGUGGAUAAGACUCCGGUCCGAAAAUUCAGGAAGUCUACUUCAGAAUAG